GAACACUCUGUGCCUCUUUACUAAAUUUUGACAACCAGCUGAUUGUCAACCUAUUUGAAAUUAAAAAAAAAAUAGUGAAUAAACAAUAAUAAAGUAUAUAAUGAUAAAGUCGAAGAUGCCUUUUUAACCAAUUCUAUACAUUUCGUUUAAUUGUCAGAACUGUUAAUAUUGAUAAUGUUAUUUACUCCAUUAAUUAAGCAAAAGAAAGGUGCUAGCAAAAGCUCAUUGCAACCGCCUUUUCCUGACGGCUCUCCGGUAAUUGGAGUGUUCACCGGUAUUUCGGUUGAGGUGUGCGCUGCUGAAGAUAUUAGAAAAGUAUACGAAAAUGGAUUUUUUGGGAAAGGUAGUAAAUCAAGGGGAGCGCCAAAAUUAGUAACGAAGGGUACUAUCGAUGAUACCGAGAGUCUAUCACUAGAAUUGGAAGAGUCUGCAUUUCUCGCUUAUUUUGUCGGUGUCUUAUGUAUUCACGAUAUCCAAUGUAACGAAAUGCAAUAUAGAGAAUUUUUCGAAGCUGCGAGAAACGUUAAUCCGAAUUUUCUAGAAUGUUUCGGUUCCUAUCUAUAUCUUAAGUCAAAAGGAUGGAUUAUAAAAAGUGGUAUUAAAUUCGGCGGCAACUUUUUGAUUUACAAAAAAGGGCCGCGUUUUAACCAUGCUAGUUUCAUUAUUUUUGUGCAUCCUAAAUCCGAUACGAAAGAUAUCUCAAUCAAAGAUCUCAAAGGACUUCAGCGGAUUGCCGAAACUUCAGAUAAGGAUGUUUUGUUGCUGGAUGUAAUGAAACCGAAUGAUUUAACUUAUAAUACUCUUUCCGAUAUUGCUGCACUUAAAAUAUCAGAAACAAUAGUUCGACGAUUUAACAGCACUUCAUUUGUACAAAGCCAAAAGAUAACAAAAUGAAUUAUAUUGAACAAUGAAAAUUA